CAUGCCAUCGUCCACAAAAUAUAAUAUUAUAUUUACGCGCUAUCCAUAUCCAGACAUAAUCUUAUAUACUAUCGUAUCUCGCGACAGUAAGGUACCCCGCACUGUAGUGCUGUUCGAUGCUCGUAUAUAGUCUCUAACUCCCCGCAGGCGACUCUGAUUAAUAACAUUUUAAAUUCGGGUGAUCUGACACAUGAUGGUAUAAACUCGGAUAUACCAAAUGGUGUUGGUAUGGAACGUGUCGGUCAGCAGCAACAGUGCGUCAAGAGAAGAGAGGAUUCGACCGCGGUGAUGGACUACGAUGACGACGAACGACAACAGCCGAUGCCGUGGCCGACGAAGAGGCCGUGCAGCCGAGCGACAAUACAAGUGCAAGUGCAGCGGCCUCUGCACCAACAGAACGACGACUGCAAUAACUCGACCGUGGACGCCAUAAGGGGCUACUGCCGGAAGCGGAACAUGCCAUUGGACGUGUAUCGACCGGUGAUGCACCAGGAUGCCGAUCGGUGCGGCGGCAGCAAGUUCCGGCUGACCGAUUUGAUCAGCGAGCUGCACAGGGUAUUCGCAGAGGACCGCGUCAACGUCGAGUACGUACAGUACCUGAUGGAGUCUUACCGAAGCGACCCAGCCGAGUGGCUCAAGUACGCCAAGUUCAACAAAUUCCGGUAUACCAGGAACUUGGUGGACGCUGGCAACGGCAAGUUCAACCUGAUGGUGUUGUGCUGGGGAGAGGGUGACGGUUCGUCCAUACACAACCACCCGGAGUCAGACUGCAUAAUGAAAAUCCUCGCCGGGCAGCUGACUGAAGUGAGAUUUGCGUGGCCCGAAACGUCCACCGCCAACGACGACGAAAACGAAGAAGACGACCGACAGCUCCAGCCCAUGUGUGAAAUAGGACGAACGAUCCUGGAAACGGAUGGCGUGUGCCACAUAAAUGAUUCGAUGGGUCUGCAUCGCGUAGAAAACGCCAGUCAUACCGACAAAGCUGUAAGUCUGCACUUGUACUGUCCACCGUUCGAAGAGUGCUCCACGUUCAACCAACACACGGGACACAAGACAACUGCCAAGUCAACGUUUUGGUCCAUUUACGGCGAAAAAGUUUCCAAGAAACGUGCUGAAGAACAAGUACCCGCAGAUGAUAAUUAAGUUUGAAUAUAGCAAAAAAAAUCAAACAUAAUAUGGGCAAUAUCUUAUAUUUUGAUUUAGAUGACAAUUAUUAAUUAUAUCUAUUAUCUAUACCACAUCACAAGUAUUUCUAUGAUUAAUAUUGUUAUUGUAUGCAACAUUUUGUAUGAAAACGUGUGUCAUGUUAGAUAUAAUAUAAUAUUUAAAUACAUAUUUUUAUCGGUAAACGAUAUGUAUUUUGCAUACUAUUUUAAUAUAUUAUUAUAUUUUUUUUAAUGUUUUAAUUAAAUCUAUAAUUAUUGUGUA